UCGCACCCCGCGGCGGAAGGGGCGGCGGCGGCGCCCCGCGGCAGGGUGGGAGCCGCCGCGAGGGGGAGAGGCGGCGCCCGCGGCGGCGCCCGCCCGCCCCUGCCCGCCCCUCCACUUCCGGGGCGCCCGCCUGCCCUCCCUUUCCCUGCUCCGCGCCGCUGGCGAGCUGCUGCGGCCGGCGCGGAGCGGCGCAGCCCGCCGGGAGUCCGCCCCGCCUCCUCGCCGGGCACCUGCUCGGGGCGGAGCGGCGGCGGCCGGAGGAGCGGAGGGAGGCGGCGGCGGCGGCUCCGGAAGCGGCUCCAGUGGCGCAUCAAGAAACUCAAAAACACGUGAGAAAAGAUGACAAGAUCAAGAUCAAGAUCACCACGAUGGAAACAAAGGUCCUUAUCUCCAGCAUUUAGGAGUCCAGAACACCAUAGGCAAAGGCAUGCUCAUAUUAAUUAUGACUGUGAAUACAAAAGCUUUCGUAAGGACCCAAAGAAGUCUAUGCCUUGGAGAACAGAAGAUGAAAAGUAUGGACAAAGCAAUUCUAGAUUUGCACCUCAUGGAAAUAACCACCAGAGAAUUUAUGAACAUAGGUCACCUUCACCAAACCUAAAAAGAAUUCUCUUGGAAGAUACUUAUAGUCAUAAGCCCUACAGAACACAUUCAUCAGAAAGAACUGAAAGCAAUAGGAGAUACCAGUUACCACCAAAAUACUCAGAAAUACCAUACAAAGAACAUGACCGACCAUUUUACCAGCACAAAAUGGAAGAAAGAUAUAUGUCUGAGCACUAUAAAGUCACUGGAAAUGAAAAAGGAAUGAAACCUUUUCAUAGACCACUAGGGGCUUCAUGUAAACUUGAAAGAAAAUGGCAUGAAGAUGACUUGAGGCACCAGAGGUUACAUGAGGAGAAGUAUGGUCAGUCACCCAGAAGAGUGUCUGAUGAAUUUACGGCAAGGAGCUCUUUACAGAAGAGGUAUCCUGAAGAUCACGAUUACAGAGAAUAUGGGCACACGUCUAAAAGGGCUAAAGAAAUGGAGAGGUAUGACGGUGGAGAAAUAGCAAGAAAUUCCAAGUGGAAGCAAGAACGUUCUUUUGCACCCUACAAAGAAAAGGAGGAGCAAAGAAAUCUGGGUGCCCAGUCUCACCGAUCGGCUGAAAGGGAGUACUCGGAGGGGUCUGUCACAAAGAUAGCCUACGAAUAUAGUCACAAACGGCGCAGGCAUCCAGAUGGGGAAAAGUCUUUCUCAGAUGAUAGAGCUCAGAAGUAUGGAAAGCAGGAAGACCAGAAAUACAAUUCUUCUAAGGGUGCCCGGGAUAGCAAAGAAUUAGAUUACUUUAGCGGUGGAAGAGCAAGACAGACUGAAGAAGGGCACGUUGAAGUACCUGUUAAAUAUAGUUCAAAGAAGGGCUGCAAUGCAUGCGUUAACUCUUGCAAAACGGAUGUUGAUCUGAGAUCCUUUAAUAACAAGCAGAAGGAAAGAGUAAGGAAAGAAGGGGAAAUCAGGAAAAAAGUAGAUUCCUCCAAUAGCCAGCAUGAUUCAAGUCAUACGGUUUCAGAUGUGAAAAUGUCAGAUGUCAGCUGUAGGAGGGAACGUCUUACAAUCAAAGUGGAUAUGAAGAAAAUGGUGACCAAGUACAGGACUGCUUCUAGUCAUACUACAGAGAGACAGAUGUCACAUGAUCUGGUUGCUAUUGGCAGGAAAAAUGAAAAUUUUCACCCAGUGUUUGAGCACAUGGAAUCUGUAACACAAAAUGUUGAAAACAAUCCAUCAAGAGAAUUUACUCAGGAAAUAAUCACAAUUAUCCAUCAAGUUAAAGCAAAUUACUUUACAUCUUCUGACAUAACUUUACAUGAACGGUUCUCAAAAAUUCAGGAUAAGCCAGUUGCAAAUAUAAAUGAAGUUAAAAUACGUUUGGAUCCAGAAAUUCACAGGAGGAUUGAUAUGUCUCUAGCAGAACUUCAGAACAAACGAACUGUGCCGUCUGAAUCUCCACAGAACAUUAUGAGAGUUCUAGAAGAUCCAAACGAUCUACGGCAUGAUAUAGAAAGGAGAAGAAAAGAGAGAUUGCAGAAUGAAGAUGAGAGGGUAUUUCAUAUAGAUGGUAUAACUCCAAGGAACCAGCAAAGCUGCAGUGUUUCAAAAUUACGAAACUCCCAUGUUGAUGGUUUCCAAAAGCCUAUGAAAUUCAUUAAACCACCUUUCAGGAAAUUUAUUGGGAAACCUCACCUGAAUUCUUACUAUUCUUCAAAAACAAAUGAUAUUUUCCCUCACAGACGAAUUAGAGGACAUCUUGAAAAUACAGGACCCAUUAGGAGACACUUUAAGAGCAACUUUACAGAUGGCCAUUUGCAAACCCAUUAUAAAUCAGGCUUAGUACAGAAGGGUUUAUAUAUUCAGGCUAAGUACCAGCGGUUACGUUCUGUUGGUGUAAGGGGAUUUACCACUAAUAAAUUCAGAGAUGGAUUUUUGAGGAAAGAAAAGAGACACUUAAAUAUUGCAACAGAAACCUGAACUGAGCUGUGAUCCUGAAGUUGAAACGUGCAACUCGGCAAAGGGAGCAUCUGUUCAUUUUUGACAACUUUGUCAAGAAUUAAAAUAGGAUGAAUGAAUUAACAGUGUAACUUUCUUGAUAAAAAUAACUUUAUUUUUCAGUAGUGGAAUGCUGCAGAACUUUUUUACAGUUUUAAUAAUUGCUUUUAAAUUGCAGUAUUCGAUUGAAACAUUGUAGUAUGUACCUUUAGUUUCUUUUUGCAUACCAGUCUCAAGCAAAGAAAUCACUGAAGGGAGUCUUAUUUAUUGAAUACUUUUCCUCUGAGCAUGAUGUUACAGAUGGAACUUGAGUUGUUAUACGCAGAGGUUUAUAUGUUGAAAGUUUAUUGCUCAUGUAAUAAAAAAAGGAAAAAAAAAAAAGUGCCUGAAUUGUUUGGUAAUAGCACAUUAGCUCAGGAUUUUCCAAGUAAUGACCUUUUAGGUUGUGCAAUAGAUUUUACAUCUCUGUUCAGUCAUUUCCGUAAAACAGUAUUUUGUAUUACUUCAUUUUAGUUUAAUAUUAAACUUGGGUUUUGAUGUGUAUAUAUACAUUUGUAAAUUGUUAGAAUGUUGAGACAAUUUUCAGCAUUUGAUUAAAAUAUAUGGUAAUGGGCAGGUAUGUAAUGUACUCUAGCAGUAGUUUAUAACUGCACUGAAAGCAUGCUUGGGUUUGUUAGAGGAUUAGUUGGUCUGCAUUCAGAAAUACUGUCUCAUUACACUUUUCGGUGUAUGACAUUCUUGACCAAGCUACAUGUUCUCUAAUCUUUUUGCUACUUUAUUUCAUGGAUUCUGAAGAUGGAGCCUGAAGUAUUUAAGUACAAGAAAAAACAAAAACAUGUUUUUAUAAGCAUGACUUCUAACAAAGCUGUUUAUAUAAUUGACACUGCUUUAAAUGCAGAUAGCUUGUAACUUUUUGUUUAAAAUCCCAGUAAAUCUCUGAAGUUUACUGUACCGCAAUAUUGUUAUGCUGUAUGCAAAACUCAAAUAGGCCGACGUAUUUUAUCGGCUAUAAAUAAUAUUGUGUUUAUUUCCUAUUUAUAGCUUUUGCCUUAAUAUAUAGUAUAUGGUAGGGUUGUGUGUAUGUAAAGAUUUGUUCAGACUUUUUAUUCCAGGUAAAUUAAAGAUACAUAAUGUGUAGUUUCCAGAGAAGAUGUUCUCAUUUGUUUUAAGAAAAAAGUUGUUCACCAUAUCCACAACAUGUGCAGUUUAAUGCAUCUUUCCAAGAUACUGUUAGCCAUAUAGAAUGCAGGUUAGUUCCUAUUAUGGAUAAUAGAUCAGAAUCCUAAUAUUGGAUAGAGGUAUGUUCAGAGAAAAAAGAAAAGGGAAUCUGUUUUGGGGUAGAAAGUAAGGAUAUGAUUUUUACAUACUUUUAAAAUGUUUUUUCCACAGUACCUUCAGUAAAGAGACUACUUAUUGAAAGUCUGUAAGUAGGGUUCAGCACACUUACAGUGUCACAACCUUCAGUUCAUGGGGCCGUACGGCUCAGUGUUCAUAGGAGACAAGGAGGCAGAUGUGCCACAUUUGAUGCAAUCAUUCAGAAAUAAGACCAGAUGGUUUAAGUUUCUAAAACCCCAGUUUUAGAACAGAAUUUUUAAUUUUAACUACUUUUUCAAUAACUUUUUUGACAUGCAUACAGGCAAAUGGGAAGCUGAAGGAAAGCAAUUCCCUGGCCAAAUAGAAGCAGCUAACUUUCUGUAGAUAAGAAAUAUUUUAUACACUAUGCUGUCAGUGAUGACAACUAAAUCAUCCGGUGUAGAUGAACCGGGAGAUGGAAGUAAGGAAUUGAAACAGCUAAAUUGGAAGGCUAGGUGAGCCAAUACAUAGCAAAUGUGGAGCAGCCCACUGGCAGGGGAGUGCUGCAGUGUACCCCUGCAGAUUGGGGCCAGGUUUAACCUCAAGCUAGCAAGCUAUUCACACUGCUCCUGAAUGUGAUAAAGCACUGUAAAACACAUAAGUGAAAUGUAUAUGAAGUAGGACAAAUGACUGAAGCUACAUUGUCUUAUUCAAAAGGAUGUUACUGUUUCUGUAAAAUUCCUGCAGCGUUCUUAUCAAAGCCUGAAAGAGAAUUUGUUGUUGAGCAAAUGGGGAGAAGUGGAUACAUGAAAAAACUUCUGACAGGGCAGUUUUGAUAACAUUUGAAAGUAACACGGGCACACUCAGAAUCAACUUACUGCUUCCCAUUUAUAAAGUCCAGGUUUAGAAGUGUGAAUGACUCCUGACUGAUUUCGUGCUUUGCUAGUUCUACCUGUGUAUGAGUAGGUAUCUCUAACUUUUAUUUCUACAACAGAGAGCAGCAUAUUACAAACAUAAGGUAUUUUUGGUAUGUUCACAAAUUUCUCCUCACACAUCCCCAGUCCAAAGAUGUGUCAUAUAAUGAAAUGUAGUCACUGAAAUUUCAAUUGCUUUAGCAUUUAUUUAAGAUGGUACCAUUUGCUCAAAUUGCAGUCUUUAUCAGUGACUUUGCUUCACUAAUUCAGGAUUCUGCCAUGACAAAACUUCCUACCUUAUCAUACAGAAAUUAAAUUUUGUAAUUAUUAGGUGCUACAGGCAACCUAACUGUCUACAGGAUAUUGUUACCUGGUGUGAAACUUAAAGUGGCUUGAGUGCUAUGCAGGUAUCUCUUUUUGGAUUAGAUACUGUUCCAUCUGUAUACUCAUACAGAAAUAAUUAGCUCUUUUUCCUUUCAACACAGAAAAGUAGCAUCUGUUGCGCUGGUACAGAAUGUUUGGUUGAGAAUAAUAUAUUGAAGCAACUGAUUGGGUUGUCAAGGCAUAGAUGAGAUAAGGAAAAUUAGUGUUAACUAUAAGAAAGGUCAGUUUGCUUGAGCAAUUUGAUGCCUUUCUGUAUGGCGACUGCAUUGUAGAAAAAGCCCUCGGGGGGGGGGGAAGAAAAAAAAACACCUUUAACAUUCUGAAUGUUGUAUUGUUUCUAAUGGAAGCGUGGAUAGAGAACAGUUGUUAAAAUAACCACUUCAAAUAUGUGAAUAGUCCUCAGCCUUGGAAGGAAAAGGGCAUCUCUUAUUGGUAAAGCCUGGCACCACAUUUGCAUUGGAAGUACAAGUUAAGCCUGUGAUAGUCUAAAAGCUAGUUAACUUUCUUCUUUCAUACUUAUCUAUAAAUGUACUUUCUUUUGAUUGACUUAAAAUGACUGCUAAAUUCUCUUUGUCAUAUUCUCAGUCAUUCUCAUGUGAAAUUGUUUUUUAUUGCAAAAUGCAGUGGUUUAAAAUGAUGAGAGACCUCCUUGUAAGUGUCUAAGAUAGUAAGUUAUUGUGGUAUUAGCGUUUACAUUGCUGAGCAGUUUAAUUUCUAUAUUGGUUGGUUAGAAUCCUCAUUUUAUAAAUCUAAACUCUGUAAUGAUUGAAUUCACAAGGUUAACAAAAUUGUGGGGCUAGUAAGAAGCAACACAUUCUGAGCUAUAUACAAGUCUGCCUUUACUUCUAAUAACGACUUGCAAAAUUUAAAUCACCUUACCUGGUGGAUUUAACUAUCCAAGUCUCAAGAUAGGACAUCUAUCUCAACUCAGGUAACUGAUGGCAGAGGGUGGGAGUAAAUUCAGUUGACAGCCAGUUGUGAUAUCAUUUUACUUGCUGUCUUCUCUUCUAGGGCCUGAGGAUGAAAUGCUGAGUUUUCUUUGUACAAACUUAGUUGCUAAAAAGGAUCAGUACUACAUUUGUGUGGUAUUACAAAAGGCAGAGUCUUCACAAUUUGCUUUUUAUUCAUUGGAAAGUCAUUUUUUGCCAUGUCUUGGAUAGUGAGAGUUACUUGGAGAAGAUGAUUAAAGAUUAUAGCAAAGAUUAAGCUGUGGGGACUUGAUUUUUGAAUUUUCACCUUAGACUGCAAUUAGAGGGAGAUCUUGAACUUUUCUGCUUUCUGAAGGAAACUUUUCCGAUACUCCUUAGAAAUAUGUUUUUGCCUUUCUUUAAGCAUCUGAACCACCAUCUGCAAAGUUCUCUGUGGGAGAACUCUCUCAAAGAAAGACUUCAGACUUGCACCGCAAAGAAUCUGAAAAAAUGGAUGUUUCUGCACGAAUCUCUGGCCCUUGAUAAACUUCAUUCCAUUGCUGCAGGAUUUGAAGAUACGAGGUUCUUCAGCCUCCUUACAGAGAGGGGAGAAAAAUAACAAAUAUAAAAGCCAUUUCAAGAACUUUGAAAGCGUACUUAAAGUUUGCCAAGGAGUUACAUGUUUUAAGGACGGUGAUGAAUGUCUAACUGUUCUGUUUCAUGUUUCGUAAGCAUAAAUUUUCAAUGUUAAAAAUCUGAGAAAAACAUUGUCAUAACACCUGC